UUGUAAGUGUCAUCAGAAAAAAUCUUCUUUCUUCAUGUAACACGUUUUGAUAUCUAAAUGACUACAGUGAUUAAAGGAAUAUGUAAAUUAAUAUCUGGACAAAUAGGGGCUCAGUGAUUGACAGGAUGAAUGUGAAAGCAACAAAAAACAGCCAUGGUCUUCUGUUUUAUCUCAGGCAUAUGAAUAUGCUUUGAUGCGUUCUCCAUACAUUCUUCCAUCAUGUGUUAUAUGUCACCUGCAUAUGAGCAUCAGAACUGGACCAUAGAGCAAUGUAAGAAGAUGGCCUGUUCUGAUGAAUUUACAUCUUUUACAUAAUGUGGGCGGCUGGGUGCAUGUACGUCACCUUACCUGGGGAAGAGAUGGCACCAGGAUGCACUAUGGGAAGAUGGGAAGAAGAAGGCAAGUCGGCGGAGCAGUAUGAUGCUCUGUUCAGUGUUCUGCUGGGAAACCUUGGGUCCUGGCAUUCAUGUGGAUGUUACUUCGACCUGUAUCACCUACCUAAACAUUGCUGCAGACCAAGUACACUUCUUCAUGGCAACGGUAUUCCCUAAUAGCAGUGGCCUCUUUCAGCAGGAUAAUGUGCCCUGUCACACUGCAUAAAUUGUUCAGGAAUGGUUUGAGGAACAUGACAAAGAGUUCAAGGUGUUGACUUGACCUACAAAUUCCCCAGACCUCAAUCCGAUCCAGCGUCUGUGGGAUGUACUGGACAAACAAGUCUGAUCCAUGGAGGCCCCACCUCGCAUCUUACAUGACUUAAAUGAUCUACUGCUAACAUUUUUGUUUCAGAUACCACAGCAGACCUUCAGAGGUCUUGUGGAGUCCAAGCCUCGAGAAGUUAGAGAUGUUUUGGCAGCACAAAGGAGACCUACAUAACAUUAGGCAGGUGGUUUUAAUUUUAUGGCUGAUUGGUGUACUUGAUACUGGCUGAUAUUCGGACAUAUUUUUCUUUUCUUUUUUUUUUUUUUUUUUUUUGACCCUUUAGCAGGUCAAACAACUCGACACCGUGUACGUAUAGGACUGUUUUCUCAAAUCAGACUGUUCCCAUAAUCAAAAUUAAGAUUGCGGCCAUUCAAUUUGUCACCUCGUCUGGACUGGUCAAAGCCAAAGGUCUUGAGCUACGUCCACAAUCGCGUACUAACCUACUAACAAGUGCAUUUCGCCCUGGUCAGUUUACUGCUGCCUGCACUUUCCUGUGUAAUAGAAUGUGGUUUGAGACACAGCCUUUAUCCGCCUUGCACUCGGGGGCGCGUGCUGUCACACACACCUGCGGAACACCCGCGCGCCUCACUGUGCGCGCACUGAGGGGAAGAGGUUAGGUGAAGCGGAGGGCUGUUAAAUGUUUGUCAAGAGGAUGUUUUGAGGAAAGAAAAACAUUUCCUGGAACUUUUCUUUGCAGAAAAAACCCCUUUUCCAAAACUGAAGAGAAGAUGGAAACUGACAGCGACGGAGGAGACAUGAGGGGAGUGACCGUGAACAGAUUCGUGGAAGAGGCUCCUUCCUCGGUCAUGGCCAAGAAUGGAUACUUCUAUCAGGAAAUGGAGCAGAGGGAGCGAGAUGAGCAGGAGGAAGGGAGUGAGGAUCGAGAGGAGGGUCAGGACUCUCCUAUCCCAUCAGGAGAUGACAUUCAUCUCUACGGCAACCAGACACACCAAGGAGGGACAGAUUCUGAUGUCCAUGGCUGUGUCUUGCUCAAUACAUCACGUAGAUAUGUAAAGCUGAUGAACUUUGAGGAGGAGGUGAGGGCUCACAGGGAUCUGGAUGGCUUUCUGGAGAGGGCGAGUAUCCUGCUGCACGAGGAUGAGGCGUCGCUGGACGACGUGCUGAAGACGAUGCUCCGGCACAUCUCGCAGGACCCGCACACGGCCGAGCCUGGCUGCAACUUUGAGGAGAUCAUGAGCUCGCUCUUCACCGAUGCUGGCUCACAGGAGGUCAACGACAGGUCUCCCAAUUUCCUUUUCUAUGAUAAGGUGCACCUGCUGUCCGAAACGCUGCAGUGUGUGACGGCUACCGCCACGGGCAUCCAGUACCAGCAGUCUUGGCUCUGCAUCCUCUGCAAUGUGAAGAACUUACAAAGGCGGCAUGUGUGCAUCUCUCGGUUGGACCGGCCUCAGAACUGGGGAGAGAACUGUGCUGAGGUCCGCUACGUCAUCCUUAUACUUGCACCUCUUAAGAUGAAAAGCACCAAGACAGCAAUGGAGCUAGGCCGGACGUUUGCGAGCAUGUUCUCAGACAUCUCCUUCAGACAGAAGCUGCUGGAGAGUAAGACUCCAGAGGAGUUUAAAGAGGCACUAGUCAUUCAGAGGUACCACCUGACCGCUGCCAAGUGCAAAACUUCCACAGUUGAGGAGGAAGAGACUGACCCACACAGCCACAAACCACUCAAGUGUAGAGAUUUUUUCAGAGUGGGCAGAGGCAUCUAUGAGGAUCUGUGUCGCCGCAUGCCCUUCUAUAUAUCGGACUUUACUGAUGGCAUAGUGGGCAACAAUAAAGCACUAGUGAAGUACAUGACGACGUCCAUUUUCCUCUACAUUGCCGUUCUGCUUCCUGCCAUUGCAUUUGGCUCACUCAAUGAUGAAAGCACAAGAGGAGAAAUAGAUGUUCAGAGGACGAUCAUUGGGCAAAGUAUAGGUGGAAUCAUCUAUUCGCUGUUUGCUGGUUCUCCUCUGGUCAUUCCCCUAACUACUGCACCUAUCGCCAUCUUCAUCAGCGUAAUCAGGGGGAUCUGUGAUGAUUAUGAGCUGGAUUUCAGUGCGUUCUAUGCCUGCAUUGGUCUGUGGAACAGCUUGUUCCUCAUCAUCGGAGGCGUCUUCAACCUCAGUCUACUCGUUAAACUGUUCAAGAGGUCAAUAGAGGAGGUGAUAGCUAUGUUCAUUUCAAUUGCUUUUGUAGCAGAUGCUGUUAAAGGCACUGUCAAGAUCUUCCAUAAGUAUUACCAUCCUCCUACAUUGGCCAAUGGCAGCGUAGAGGAGCUGCAUCGAAUCAGUGGAGCGUUGAGUGUAGGGGAGAUGAACCUCACAGGGGCAGGGUUACCGUCGCUCCCAGAAUCCUUCAUUUUGUGCACACGAGCACGGCCACUGCUUUGCCUCCUUCUUAUGCUUGGGACCUUGUGGGUUGGGUACACACUCUACCAGUUUAAGAGAAGUCCUUUCCUGCACGCAAAAAUGAGGGAGAUUCUGUCAGACUGCGCUCUGCCCAUCUCAGUGCUCAUUUUCACCUACGUUGGUGCCUACAUCUUCAGCGACAUUGACUUGCCAGUGUUUAACUAUCACGAGGGUUCAUUGUUCCGACUGGCCGCCUUGGAAAAGCUAUCAGGUGUCAGUGUGGUAUGUGCCAUGGGUCUAGGCUUCCUUCUUGCUCUUCUCAUCUUUAUUGACCAGAACAUCGUGGUAUCCCUGACCAAUGCCCCAGAGAACAGGCUACUGAAAGGUACAGCCUAUCACUGGGACCUGACAUUGUCUGGCCUGAUUAAUAUUUUGAUGUCGUUGCUGGGUCUGCCUUGGAUGCACGCUGCUUUUCCUCACUCCACCUUACACGUCCGGCAGUUGGCCAUUGUGGAGGAGCGGGUGGAAGGAGGACACCUUUAUGAGACUAUUGUAAGUGUGAAGGAGACCAGGGUAACAUCACUGUUGGCGAAUAUCCUGAUUGGUGUGAGUGUGUUCCUGCUGCCUGUUCCACUGCAGUGGAUUCCCAAACCUGUACUCUACGGCCUCUUCCUCUACAUUGCCCUCACAUCCAUCGACGGCAAUCAGAUGUGUGACCGCAUGGCACUGCUACUCAAAGAACAGACGUCCUACCCCCCAACUCACUACAUCCGGAAGGUACCACAGAGGAAAAUCCAUUAUUUCACUUUUCUUCAGAUGGUGCAGCUGCUGUUUCUCUGUGCGUUUGGAAUGUACCCUCUCCCGUACAUUAAAAUGAUCUUCCCUCUGCUAAUGUUUAUCCUCAUACCUAUCAGGAAUUGUCUGCUGCCCAGGAUCAUUGAGGCCAAAUACCUGGACAUCAUGGACGCACAGCACAUGUAAACAUGUACACCUCCAAAAAAAAAAAAAAGAACAAAAAAAAAGGUCUCUGGGAACUGUGUUUUUGAAAUGCAAAACUCUGGGAGGAAAAAUAGACUGAUUCUUGUGUUGUACAGCAGACAUUCUGGUGAAGCACUGUAACAGGAAAAGAGAGAGAGAGUGAGAGAGAAUAUAAAGUUUGAAAGGUUGACUAUAUUCCUGUCUGUUUGAGCUUAGUCAGUCACUGCUUCUCUCACUGUUUUCUCAUGCCAAAGCUUCUCUCUUUGGUUAAUUUUUAUGUACCUCUGUCUCAUGAUGUGGACCACUCACUUGAGUUAUAAAAACCAUGAAACACACACACUCGCAUACAUACAGCGGCAGUUUAAUAUUAUACGGACAGGAAGAGACUGGUGACUGAUAAGCUCUUCUCAUAGUGUUUCUAAUACCAUACAAAAGGUCACUGAACAAGUGGAGUGAAGUGAAGCGGAUCUAUCUGUAGCAAUACCUCUUUGACGUUGACAAUUCACACGUACAAAAACAAAAAACAAAAAAAACGGACGACCCUUCAUUACUUCACUUUCCUUCAGGCGAAGGGUCUCUCUGUCGGCUCCUACAUGACGUGAAAUCAUACCGUCGAUCAUACACACUCCAAAGUGUUGUGGUGCAUAUCAUUGUUGACCUGUGGUGCAUAUAUUAAGAACAAGUCGAAACAGACCAAAAGAAUACACGCACCCUGCUUGAUACUGUGUCUCAUAGCAAUACAGUGAUUAUAGAAUAUGAAUAUUUUAGAUAUUUCUAUGAGAAAAAGAUUAUUAUUGGGGUUGAUAUAUUUCCAGGAUACAUGGCGACAUGUGUUCAGAAUGUAACAUUAGUUGCUGAUGCUUCAGGGAUAGGGGAACGGGUUCAGACAGCGAGAGCUAUUUUCCACAUUCACACUGCAGAACAAACUCUUACUAUAGGCUUUGCAUAUUACAGAACGUCUCCACUGUUUGUCCUCAGAAUGCACAGAAACGUGCACGCACACACACACACACACACACACACACACACACAAAGAUAAAUGCGAAUAGGCAUGUACUUAUAAACACAAACUAGCAUGCUUGCUCAUGCACUCUCCCUCCUGGCCCUACUUUACAACGUAUAUGAAAAUAAAUAAAGCAUGGCUUUUAUAAGAUGCCAAACCUUUUUUUACAAUUAUAGUUGGAAUUUCAUGCAAGAGAGAAUGAAAUUCUCAGUGGAAUGCUAGUUUUGUAUAUUACACCCACACACUCAGCCUUUUCAAAAUGUAAUUGCCUAUGCUGGACACCAGAACAGCUAUGAAGCUUUUCAUAGAAGACUACAAUGGUCUCUCUUGAUUUGUUACAGCAAUAUAACCAUUUUCACACCAUGUUCAAAAGCUUAAAAAUGGUCAAUCACUGACUAUUUUUCUCUAAAAAAAAUCUAAUUCCCAAAUAAAUCUCUCAGAAUCUGUGUUUCUAAUACUGAGAGACAGACUGACAGACAGGGGACUGAGAGAGAGAGAGAGAACGAGUGAACUGUGUUUCUGAAGGAUCGAUGCACUUGAGGAUAUACUAAGGAUAGGAUACAGUGCUGUGAAAAAGUAUUUGCCUGAUUUCUUCUGUUUUUGUGUAUAUGUCAUACUAAAUAAUUUUAGAUCAUCAAACAAAAUAUAACAUAAAACACAGGCAACCUGAGUAAACACACAAUACAGAUUUUAUUUAUUAAUUUUUUUUAUUGAAGCAAAAAAAAAAAAAAAAAAAAUCCAACACUUAUCACUAAUGUGAAAAACUAAUUGCCCCCUUAAACUUAAAAUCUGGUUGUGCCACCUUUAGCAGCAAUAACUGCAACCAAACACUUAACUAUAGAUAACUGGAGAUCAGACUUUCACUUAUUUCUUACUCCUAUGCUUUGGAUCAUUGACUACGUUUACAUGGACAGCAAUAAACUCAUUAUUUACCUUAUUCUGAAUAAGACAAUAUUAUGAUUAAGGUGUUUACAUGAGUUGCUUGUAGAAUAUUCCUUUCAUGUUCCUAUUUUACAUAUUAUAGAACAUAGAUCGAUUAACAUCACACGUCAUUACGUCACCGCGUCACGCCGUCCGAGGUCCCUCCAGAAUUUCACGUAUCAACAUACAGUUCGUCUUCGUUAUGGUAC